GAAAAAAAUCUGUAGGGAUGAAAGAAAAGCAGAGGAUGAAAAGUUGCAACGUUGCGACACCGUUGUUCACAAAACGGCAACCAUUAGAGCCACACUAUCACUCAAUUCUCCUUCUUCUUCUUCUUCUCUUAGCUCCGGCCAUGAGAAUCCUCACUUCUCCUUUCCCAAUUUCCCCACCCAUCAUACCCAGAACUAAAUUUCAUCAAUGCAGAGUUGCCAUAAACCCACCACCACCAAACUUCGAUUUCAAAUCGGAAUUUUUCAGCGCCUCUCGGGAUGCUAUUGAAGAUACCCAUCCCGAAUUGCUCGAUUUAGCUGAUAAUGGAACUCUGUUUCUCAUCAAGAAGAACCAAUUUGGACCCGUUCCAUCAUGGAGAACCGAGUUUGUUGAACCAGAGGCUAUUUGGCUGAUCGGAACGAACCAUCUUUCUAUGGAAUCGCCUCUGCAUGUUGAAAGGGUUAUCCGCACUGUCAAGCCGGAGAAUGUGGUUGUGGAGCUUUGCAGAAGCAGGGCUGGUAUCAUGUAUACUUCUGACGAUAGUGAUCUCAAUCAGCCGUUAAAAUCAAACAUGUUCUCUUUGAGUGGGAAUGGAUUUUUCGAUGCUGUUGGUCGUAGCAUUAACUUGGGGGGUCAAACUGCUCUAGCAUUACGCAUAGUGCUGGCACUUUUCUCUUCAAAAAUGUCUUCAAGUGCUAAUCGUUCUUUUGGAGAUGAGUUCCGUGCUGCUCGAAAGGCUGCUGAGGAUAUUGGUGCUCAAAUUGUAUUAGGGGAUCGGCCAAUAGAAAUAACUCUUGAACGAGCAUGGACUUCACUAAAAUGGAAAGAGAAGACGAGCCUUCUACUCUCUGUCUUUGGCGGAAUAACCUCAUCCACUGAACUAUCAACAAAGGCGUUGAAGGAAUCAAGUUCUGAUGAUAGUAACUUUCAGCUGUAUGAGAAAUUAAGCUUUUCAUAUCCAUCACUUCUGCAGCCACUCCUACAUGAACGUGACACGUUUCUUGCUUGGUCUCUGAAGAGGAGCAAAGCUGUGAACAACUGUAAGCAAGUUGUUGGAAUCAUUGGGAAGGGUCACAUGAAUGGAGUAAUAUAUUCCUUGGUGUCUGAUCAAGGAAACUUGCGGUUUCGAGAUCUAGCUGGGAAGAGUCCUUCAGGGGGACUCUCUGGCUGGACAACUACCAUCUUUGGAAACCUAGUUAGAGACACUAUAAUUGGUGUUCUCCUGUGGCUGUUGUAUGAACAACUUACCAGUGGUUUGAAGUUGAUUGAUUAAACAACAGACCAACUUUCGAACUCCUUAUGUGAUUCACAAACACUCCAGUUAUGUCAAACAGAGGAAUGAAUACUACUAUCUGAACAAUCAUCCUGAAAGAAUAUUAAACAUUAUUCUGGUUCUUCAUUUUCGUGGAGUUUUGUUUCAAGCAAGGUGGCGAAUAAGUCAUCGAAGAGUUAUGAAAAAUGGAAAUAAUUUAACAAUUAUUAUGUUAAGCUCUUAGAUGGUAAAUACAACAAUAUAGUCAUGUUUUUUGGGGGAUCCUUCUAUACAAGAAAAUUCAUUGAUUCUGGUUGGAUUAGUUAUAAGGAAGAUCAUUUUCCCACAAAAUACUGACUUCUAUCAAGUGUUUGGUGAUCAUAAUAAUACUUGAUGAAUCUGAAAUAUGAUUCCUUUGUGGA